AUGGUGGGCCUUAAACCCCCAGGCCGGGCUGGUGAACAGCCUCGCGGGCAGAGGAACGGAACAGGAGGGAGGAUGCUGGAGCCUCAGUCUCUCCCAGGCUCUGCGCCAUUCCAGGUCCCCCCGCGGAGGCAGCGCCAGGAGCGAACCGUCUACACCCAGGAGCAGCAGCGGGAGCUGCACGCUCACUUCGAGAAGAACAAGUACCCGGACUACGAGGAGCGGAACGCCUUGGCGGACAAGCUCGGUCUGCGGGAGCAUAAAGUGCAGGUGUGGUUCAAGAACCGCAGGGCCAAACACACUCGGCAGCAGCGACAGCAGCAACAGCAGCAACUGCAGCGAUUACAGGGCAGGGGAGGCCAAGGGGCCCCGGACAUGUGCCCCCCGACCCCAGCGGGUCCCACCUUCCCAAGGGGCCCUGGCUUCUGCACCCUGCCUCCACCCAGCAGCCCCUUGGUCAUCUUUCCAGAAGCAGAACCCGCAGGCUCCAGCCCCGGCCAGGCUUGCGGGAUCCCUGCUCAGGGCGCCCAAAGGGACCCCCCGGCCGCCCCAGCCCCAGCCUGCACCCAGGACCCCUGCGCCGCGGGCUUCUCUCCAGACCCCGCGUCAUGCCCUGAUUUCACCGGGCUCUUCUCAUACCAGGGCCCCUUAGGGGGGCCCUCCCUCAUCCCCACGAUGUCUGAAUACCAGGCAGGCGCUGAUUUUGUGGACUGGAACCACGCGGACGACACGAACUUACUGAGUUUAUAA